AUGAGACCACCAACAGUAAUUAGACAGCCAUCUUUCACAACAGAUCAAAGUUUACAUCAUUGCGAACUAUUAGCAGAAUCAUUAUUCGAUGAAAAAUCCAUAGCUACUUUCUUUACUCACCAGGAGCAGAAAGAUUUCAAGAGCAGAUUAAUUGCUAACUCGUUAGAGAAUAGAGAUAUUACUGCACUAUUAAAACUUGGUGUUAGUAAUUUCGGGUUCGUUACUACAGAUUUAAGAAAGGAAAGUUGGUAUUUGCUGCUAAGUGAACAGCUGGUAUUACCAGAAGAACCUAAGAAUGAGGCUGACAACGAAUUUAGACAUAGGGAUGAGAACCAAGUUCAGUUAGACGUCAAUAGGUCAUUUUCGGGUAUUAGGGAUCCACAACGCAAGGAAAAACUGAGAAAAUUGCUAGAAAAUGUUAUUAUUCAUAUCUUGCGUAAACAUCGUCAACUAAACUAUUACCAGGGCUAUCAUGAUGUGGUAAGUGUAUUUAUCAUUGUAUUUGCUCAAGGUAAAGAAUACUACCCACAGGGUGGGGUACAAGAAGAUGUUUUGUGCUUUAGCGAUAUGACAAACAGGGACAAUGAGGACAUUUCCUUAUCCACAGAGGAUGUGAGUAACAGUACAAGUUCUACAUCAACCCAGGUAUUUGAAAAUGAGGAUUAUGAUGCAAAGAAAGGGUUUCUUGUGGAUGAAGAGAAAUUGUUUAGAUGCGUGGAAGCCUUUACAUUGUUGUACCUAAGAGAUUUCAUGAUGGAUUCAUUAGAUUUCCCUAUUGAUCAAUUGAGAAUUAUACCCAGGUUGAUCAAAAGUAUUGAUACGAGUCUUUACAAAAAAUUACAACUGGAUAAAGUGGAACCGUUUUUUGCAGUUUCAUCUAUCUUGACCGUAUUCUCUCACGAGAUGAAACCCACAGAGGAUAAAGAACUCUCAACAAUCUUUUGCAUUUUUGACUAUAUCAUCUCCACGCAAUCAAUGUCAGUACCACUACUGAUGUAUGCAAAUUUGGUGGUGGAAAAUAAACAAAGACUCCUUGAGGAAUACGAUGCCAAUUUAAACAAUUUUGAAAAUUUCAUCGAUUUAGUUCAUGGGGUCAUGCAAAAGGUAUUAUUAGGAGUUUCUCAUGAUGAGAAGCUAUGGGACAAAAUUUUGCAAAAGAUGAGAACCAGUGUGAAAAGUGUGGAUUUUAGUUAUAAAAAAUUAGUCAACAAAUUUAGUGUUUUAGUGACAACUGCCGCUGGUAAGGCAACAUUUACAUCUCAAAGAGAUUCACAAACUCGUUACGAUCUUAAUUAUGUGGAGAAUCUUUUGACUAAUGAGAUUCAAUUGAACACUAACAGGAAAUCACUUAACAAUCAGAGGAAAAGUGAAAAGAGUUCGAGUUUUGCGCUUUUGCACCGUCUUUCUUCGCUUACAUGUUCAUCGUCAUUCAUUUACAAAAUUUCCAUCUUCAUAGGUCUUAUGGCAUUACUGAUUAAAUUUCAUCGUGAUGGUUCAAUUAAACAAUUCAUUCCUCAGAUCAAACUAUACAUCGGCAACUUGCGUUCAUCUUCAUUAGCAGGGUUGUACCAGGAGUCAAAAUACGUAUGGCUGGAUCCACUACAUGGCCUACUUCAAACCAUGGCAACUCCUGUUUCUUCGAUGAACUCAUCUUUCGUUGUAAAUAAUUAA